AUGCCUGUGGAUGGGCCAGGUAGUCUCGGUAGAUCUGAGCGUCCUCGUCCGCAACGCCAGGUGGUUGUUCGUGUUCGGCCUGUGACCGGUGUGCUCGGAGAAGAGCCAGAUGUGAGGUUCAAGGCCCCGGUCCUGGCUGUAUCCAGUGCACACGAAGCAAGCUCAAAUGUGCGUUUACUGGAUUGCAGUCGGGACAGCCUGAGGGUUUUCGGAGGUAUCUUCCCCUACAUCUUCCAAGAGACCUCCAUGGAUAGUGCGCAAUAUGCAAAGUAUUUAGAAGAUCGCUGCAGAAGGCUCGAGUCACUGCUGAAAGCCACCGGCAUCCUGCAGGAGAGUGACAUCACCGACACACUGUCCGACAGCGAGGAUGCCGAUGUAAAAGAUGAGUCCUUAGAUGGGGCCCAGCGUCCGCGCUCACCGGGCCACUCAUCAAAUUACUCAUGCAAUUCUCAAGCAUCAGGCCAGGUCGAUGGCGCCCGAUUCGAGGGAGACAUCGAGGCGGCUCCCAUUUUCAAGUCACAUGACAGUGAUGAAACUCGAUAUUUUGGGCGAAGUUGCUCACUUUCAAUCUUCUCACGAACCGGAAUCCAGUGGAUCAAGGAGAAAACGGGGGAAACCGCUUUUCUGAAUAUCAUGUCUCCUAACUCAACGGAGGAUGAUCCUUGGAACUUGUGGCGGCCGGACGUCUUUCACGACCUCUUUGCAUCCCAAGUCUAUAAGCCUCUUCCUUCUCGGGCAGAGGUGUUUUCUCUUAUCAAGGACUAUUUCCGGACAGCUAAUCGUCUCUUCCCCUUGUACCACGAAGCCUCAUUUAUGAAAAUGGUAGAGUGGCAAUAUACUCAGCAAACGUGCGACGACGCUGCUCGCUGGGCCAGUAUCAACAUGGUGAUUUGUCUGGCCUACGAAUACCGCUUUUCAAACAAUAUGAAACCAGAAAAGGACCGUGAAAAGGCUCGGCUGUAUUUUAAAAACGCCAUUUCAGUCUUUACAGAGCUUUCGUUGCGACGAACAGACCUUCUCAGUGUUCAAGCUAUGCUGAGUAUGGCCUUUUUCCUCCGUGGGAAUUCGGGUAGUCAAUAUUCGCUGCCGUUUGUGACCGCGGCAAUGCGAACAUGUCAACGGAUGGGGCUCCAUCGUGAUAUUCCACGGCCCGACCUCACUCCAGCCCAGCAAGAGCAGAGGCGACGCGUUUUCUGGGUGGCAUUUUUAGUUGAUCAGAGUUCAUGUUUGCGGGCCGGGAGCGCGCCCUGUCAACAUCCCGACGAUUUCAAUGUUCCCCUCCCAUCAGAGCUCGAAGGCGACGACGAUCCUGAAGUCUGCAGCAACUUAUCAUUCUUCCGCCAGCUGUGCCGAAUGUGUGUCAUCAAGAGUCACAUCUAUUGUCGGCUUUACUCAGCAAAGGCGCUGCGGAGGGACCCAAAAGAAAUAUAUCAAAUUGUUCAAGAACUUCACGCCGACCUCAUAGAAUGGGAAAAGGACUAUCCACUCGAGGAACCGCCUCGGCUUCAACAGAGCGAAACAGAUUUUCUGUUCGGAUUUGCAUCCCUUGGUCUGCAUUUCAUCUAUUAUAAUGCGUUGAUUAUGAUUCACCGAAUACCGCUCCUACUCAAUUAUUAUGUACCAGACCGCGACGACAAGCCAGAGAUAAAGGCUCUUCGUGCAGCUCAGACGGCAGAGUCAGCUCGUAUAUGCGUUGGCGCAGCUCGAAGCACGCUGAAGCUUAUUAAUAACAUGCCUUGGGGAGAUAUGGCCUGGAUUCGGUCUCUAUUAUACUAUGUUUUCUUGGCCGCCGCAACCUUGUUCUCCAACAUCAUUCGGGAUACUCACAACCCCGGUAACCGAGAAGACAUUCGCGCCAUCAGCAUGGUCUCGAAUUUUUUCUCAUCCCUUGCACCUGGCGACGGAACAGGAAAUUGUGCAGUCUUCAUGACUCGAGUUUGCAAUUCACUAGAACGUAUUGCAAGGAUGGCAGUCGAACGAGAUGAAAAGGGAGCCCGCAGCCCUGAUAUUAAGGACAAGGAACAUCUCUCCAGUGCAAAGAAGCAAGCCUCGCGAUCAGCACGCAGUAGAGAUCGUCGCAAACCUCCUCCCCGCCAAUCUUCCCUGCCCUCCUACCGUGAUGGUGCUCCUCAUUCACAUAGCUCCAAGGACAAUUCACACACUGGAAUGCGCUCAAUUACCCUCCCAUCCUCCCAUUUCACCGACAACGGCAUUCCAGAAAACCUCGCUGAUCUCCCACCCAUCAAUUCCAGUGGAUAUGUCGUUCCUCUGGGCCUUAUGGAAAACGACAAUCUCAGCCCAUCCCUCGCCCCCCAGCCCACCGCCACAACUGUAUCCGCAAUCCCAGCCGACUACCCAGCCGGCUUAGGUCUAUCGCUCGAAGCCACAGCACCGCAGGAUUUCCAAUCCCCGCCAACAAUGUCUCCCUGGGAACAACUGCAGCACACAAACCCAGCCACCAGCGCCUCCCACUCGCCCUUCUCGCAAGAUAGCGGCAAUGGCCAGCCCAACGGCCCCAUGUUCCCGGAAUCAUGGCAAGUCCCCCUAACUGCGCACUGGCAAUUCGGCGACAACCCCUGGGCCGCUCUGCUCCCAACAGUAGCUGCAUCCGGCUACGGCGAGGAGAUCCAGAUGCCUUCCCUAUCAGCAGAAUCGUUCUUCCAGCCUUCCGCUGCACCCGUGGACCCUGUCGUCCUCGGACCAGAGCAGUUGGCUUCCGGCUCCAAUGAUAUAAUGUAUAAUCCCAUGCCACCGAAUCAGGGACAGGCGCCGAAUCAGGGGGGACAGUUUGAUCCUCCAUAUAUGCCGAAUGGGUAUCUAGGUCUUGGGCUGUUUUGA